UGUUUGUUUACACUUUAAUUUACUUUUGUUAAAAAAAAAAUGUCUUUAAGAACCUGCGCUUACAGGAAUUGCGAUAAUUUUGUUAGUGAUUUUGAUAGAAAUUGUCGCAGCAAGCCAGAUGUAACAUUAUUUAAAUUUCCCAAGGAUCCUGAGAGGCGACAAAAAUGGAUUGAGCUGGGAAAAGCCCCAUCAAAUUUGUUACCCCACUAUAGCUAUUAUUGUUCCGACCAUUUUGAUGGGCGCUUUUUGAAUGUGGGUCCUAGGCGAACUAUGCUGGUAGGUGAAGCUGUUCCAUAUGCCUACAAUGAGAAAAGCGAACCGCACAAAAAUUCGGAAGAAAUUGAACUUGUGGAAGAAGAAGAUUUAUACUUGUAUCACAUUAAAGGUGACGAAGUUACACCAGGUUCAACACAAGAAUCACAACAGGCCACCACAGAAAUAUUAGUGGAAUCAACAACAAAUGGAAAUGAGAUUUUGGAAUUUCUCAGACACGAUUUAGACUUGGAUGAUGAAGAUCAAAGUCAGCCACAAAUUGUGAGCACCAAGAAAGAAUCAUCUGUUAAACACUAUGUAGUAAACCCGUUCAAAAGAAAAUUGUGCAACAGCAGCAAUGCCUCAUCUUCAACAACAAACCCAAAUUUGAAAGGUACUUCUUUGAAAAAUCAACAGUUAACCAAAAAUAUUUCAAUCACUAAACACUCUUCUGAUGAACCUUCUCCAAAAAAAGUUAAUGAAGUGGAGGUGCAAAAGAAUACCACAAAUGUUAAAGAAUCUAAGAAUCCAUGUUCAGUAGUGAAUGAUAAUGAAAUAGACGAAGAAGAUGAUGCUCUUAUUGAUAGCAGCAGCAUCACCACUUUCAUAUACAAAGGUGAGGAAUAUAUACAAAUGCCAAAAAGGCAAUACCGUGAAGAAAAAUUAAAUAUGAUGCGGAAGAUAAAAAAGAUGGAACAAGUUAUUCAUAACAUAAAGAACGAACUGCAGCAUUUUUGAUUUAUGCACCCAUUUCAGGAUAUUUGAAAAAAUCAAACUUUUUUUUCAUCUGAUUAAAUAUUAUAAUUAAGUACUUAAUUAUAUUAUUAAUUUGACUAAAAAAUAGUUUUAAGUAUAAUUACCAAAAAAAAAACGCAAAUGUACUGGAAUGAUAAUGCCAUA